AUGUUUGGAUCCCGCCGUACUCGUGCUACUCAUACUACUCAUACCUCUACGCGUCGUGGUGGCUUUAGUGGGAUGUUCCACCGUAAGAAUCCUAACCGUCGUGCUGGUGGAUACAAGGCUGCGUUGCACAAUCCUAACACCACAUCUGCUGGCCGGCAGCAUGCCAAGCGCGGUCUGAGGUCAAUGGGCCGCGGCAACGAAGCGCAUGUACCCCUAUCUGUUCGCAUUAAGCAUUUCUUGCAUAUUGGUGGUCGCCGUCGCCAUACCACUACCCAUCGCUACUAA